AUGGACCUGUCGGAGCUUGGAGAAGCUGCAGCUUUCCUCAGAAGAAGUGAGGCUGAGCUUCCUCUGCUACAGGCCGUAGCCUUUGGUGGGGAGAAGAAAUGCUGGGUUCAUGAUGGCACAAAAGCUUACAUUGAGGCUGAGAUUAAAGGGAGUGAAGAUGAUGGGACAGUAAUGGUUGAGACUACAGAUGGAAAGAUUCUGAGUGUCAAAGAGGAUACAAUCCAGCAGAUGAAUCCUCCCAAGUUUGAAAUGAUUGAAGACGUGGCAAUGCUGACUCACCUCAAUGAAGCCUCUGUGCUACAUACCCUGAAGAGGCGCUAUGACCAUUGGAUGAUCUAUACAUAUUCAGGUCUCUUCUGUGUGACCAUAAACCCUUACAAGUGCCUCCCACUGUAUCAGAAAGAAGUCAUGGCUGCCUACAAAGGAAAGAGGCGAUCAGAAGCUCCCCCUCACAUCUUCGCUGUUGCUGAUAAUGCCUUUCGGGAUAUGCUUCGCAAGGGAGAGAAUCAGUCUAUACUCUUCACAGGAGAAUCUGGUUCUGGGAAGACUGUGAACACCAAGCAUAUUAUCCAGUAUUUUGCUACCAUAGCAGCAAUGGGUGAGUCCAGGAAGACACCGGGGACUUUAGAAGAUCAUAUCAUGCAAGCAAAUAAGAUCUUGGAAGCAUUUGGAAAUGCCAAAACUCUGAGAAAUGACAACUCUUCUCGCUUUGGAAAAUUAAUCAGAAUGCAUUUUGGUGCCAACGGUAUGCUUUCUUCUGCAGACAUCGAUAUCUAUUUGCUUGAAAAAUCUCGAGUGAUUUUCCAGCAGGCUGGAGAGAGGAACUAUCAUAUAUUCUAUCAAAUUCUGUCUGGAAAAAAAGAGCUUCAUGACAUGCUCCUGGUGUCUGCAAAUCCCUCCGACUUUCACUUUUGCUCCUGUGGAGUAAUUGCUCUGGAGAGCUUGAAUGACAUUGAAGAAUUGCUGGCCACACAAGAAGCCAUGGAUGGCUUGGGCUUUCUUCCUCAUGAGAAGCAUGCAUGUUAUAAACUCACUGCAGCCAUCCUGCACUUUGGAAACAUGAAAUUUAAACAGAAACCCAGAGAAGAGCAGCCGGAAGCAGAUGGCACGGAAAGUGCUGACAAAGCUGCUUUCCUCAUGGACAUUAACUCCCCUGAGCUGGUGAAGGGCUUGACCCAUCCUAGAAUCAAAGUUGGUAAUGAAUAUGUUACCAGAAGUCAAACUGUAGAACAGGUAACUUAUGCUGUUGGUGCACUAUCCAAGUCAGUAUAUGAAAGGAUGUUUAAGUGGCUGGUGGCACGUGUCAACAGAGGCCUGGAUACCAAGCUGUCAAGGCGGUUCUUCAUUGGCAUCCUUGACAUCACCGGUUUUGAAAUCCUUGAUUAUAAUACUCUUGAACAACUUUGCAUUAAUUUUACCAAUGAAAAAUUACAACAGUUCUUCAAUCAGCACAUGUUUGUUUGGGAGCAAGAAGAAUAUAGGAAAGAAGGCAUUGACUGGGUAACUGUUGACUUUGGCCUGGAUUUGCAAGCCUGCCUAGAUUUCAUUGAGAAGCCAACAGGCAUCCUUUCCACUCUUGAAGACGAAUGCAUGUUUCCUAAGGCUACAGACAUGACUUUCAUGAGCAAACUCUUUGACAAUCAUCUUGGAAAGUCGGUUCAUCUCCACAAGCCUAAACCUGAUAAAAAGAAAAAAUACGAAGCUCACUUUGAAGUUGUCCAUUACGCAGGAGUGGUACCUUAUAACAUCAAUGGUUGGCUUGAAAAAAGCAAAGACCUUCUUAAUGAAACAGUGGUGGCUAUAUUUCAGAAGUCUUCCAACAGACUCUUGGCAAGUCUUUUUGAAAAUUACAUCAGUAGUGACAGUGCAAUAGAGUUUGGGGAGAAGAAACACAAAAAGGGAACUUCAUUCCAAACAGUUGCAUCUCUGCAUAAAAAAACCUUAAAUAAAUUGAUGAGUAAUCUGAAAUCAACAGAACCUCAUUUUGUGAGAUGCAUAAAUCCCAAUGCGAACAAAAUGCCAGGUGUAUUGGACCCUCACUUGGUUCUGCAACAGCUGCGCUGUAAUGGUGUCUUGGAAGGGAUUCGGAUAUUCCGUGAAGGUUUUCCAAACCGACUGCUGUAUGCUGAUUUUAGACAAAGGUACUGCAUUCUGAAUCCAAGGACCUUUCCAAAGAGCAAGUUUUUGAGCAGCAAAAAAGUUACGCAAGAACUACUUGGCUCCAUGGAUAUAGACCAUACCCAGUACCAAUUUGGAAUUACCAAGGUGUUUUUAAAAGCUGGCUUCCUGGACCUGCUGGAAGCAAUGAGAGAUGGGAGACUUUCUAAAUUCUUCACAUUGUUUCAAGCCAGAGCAAGGGGCAAACUGAUGCGAAUCAAAUACCAGAAUAUUCUGGAAGAAAGGAAUGCACUUCUUUUGAUCCAGUGGAACAUAAGAGCUUUCAUGGCUGUGAGGAAUUGGCCCUGGAUGAGACUCUUCUUUAUGAUUAAGCCCCUUAUUAAAUACAUGGGAGUGGGAGAUGAGAUAGCCAAACUGAAAGAAGAAUGCGUGAAACUGCAGAAAACCUUGGAAAAAGCAGACUCUCAGAAGGAGGAACUGAAUGCAAAGCAAGUCUCCCUCAUUCAGGAAAAGAAUGAUUUACUUCUUCAGCUGCAGGCUGAGCGUGAGACACUGGCAAAUGUUGAAGAACAGUGCAAGUGUCUGAUUAAAUCCAAGAUCCAGCUGGAGGCCAGAGUCAAGGAGCUGGCUGAGCGGGUGAAGAAAGAAGAGGAGAUAAAUUCUGAGCUCACAGCCAGGGGGAGAAAACUCGAAGAUGAAAGUUCCGAGUUGAAGAAAGAAAUCGAUGACCUGGAAACAAUAUUGGCAAAGUCGGAAAAGGAGAGACACGUUACAGAGCACAAGGUCAAGAACCUGACUGAGGAGGUGGAAUCUCUAAAUGAGGAGAUCAGCAAACUUAACAAAGCAAGCAAGACUGCACAGGAGGCCCAUCAGCAGACUCUGGACUACCUGCACACAGAGGAGGAGAAAGUUCGGAACCUGAGCAAAGCACAUCUGAAAAUGGAGCAGAAAGUUAGUGAGCUUGAAGAUGCCCUUGAUCGAGAGAGAAAAGCAAGAAUGGACUGUGAAAAGAAAAAGCACAAACUGGAGUGUGAUUUAAAGUUGAGCCAGGAAAGUGUGGAGAACCUGGAGAGCAGCCAGCUGCAGCUAUCAGAACAGCUAAGGAAGAAAACAUUAGAAGUGAGUCAAGUGAAUUCAAAGAUGGAGAAUGAGAGAGGCCUUGUGGUUCAGCUGCAGAAGACGGUUAAAGAUCUUCAGACUCAGGUACAGGAUUUGAAAGAGGAACUGGAAACUGAAAAGACCACUCGGGCCAAAGUGGAAAGAGAAAGAGCUGACCUCACGCAAGACUUGCAAGACAUGAAUGAGAGACUGGAGGAGGCAGGAGGAGUCAGUUUGGCUCAGCUGGAGAUAACUAAGAAACAGGAAACCAAGUUCCAGAAGCUUCGUCAUGACAUGGAAGAAGCCACACAGCAAUUUGAGGCAACUUGUACUUCUUUAAAGAAGAGGCAUGCAGACAGCCUGGCUGAGGUCAAAGGCCAAGUAGAAAAUCUGCAGCAGGUGAAACAGAAUCUGGAAAAAGACAAGAGUGCCCUACAGUUAGAAGUGGAUGACCUCCUGACCCAUGUCGAGCAGUUGACCAGAGCUAAGGCUAAUGCUGAGAAACUCUGUGGUCAGUAUGAAGAGCACUUGCAUGAGGCAAAUGCAAAACUGGAUGAGGUGACUCAACUGGCAAAUGACCUGACAGCACAGAAGACAAAGCUACGGAAUGAGCGCGGUGAACUGCUGAAGAAACUGGAAGACAAAGAAGCUUUGAUAAAGCAACUUUCCAUGGAAAAGAGCAACUUCACUCGGCAAAUUGAAGAUCUGAGAGGGCAAUUAGAAGAGGAGACAAAAUCACAGAGUUCUCUGGCUAAUGCCCUACAGUCAGCAAAACGUGACUGUGACCUUCUACGAGAGCAGUAUGAGGAAGAACAAGAAAUCAAGGCUGAGCUGCACCGGGCCCUAUCCAAAGGCAAUGCUGAAAUGGUUCAGUGGAGAAUGAAAUAUGAACAUGAUGCCAUUCAGAGAACUGAGGAAUUGGAGGAUGCCAAGAAGAAGCUGGCCGUUCGGUUGCAGGAAGCUGCUGAAGCCAUGGGGGUGGCCAAUGCCAGAAAUGCCUCCCUGGAGAGGGCCAGGCACCGACUGCAGUUCGAGCUCGGGGACGCCCUGUCUGACCUGGGGAGGGCCCGCUCUGCAGCAGCCCUGAGGGACCAGAAGCAGUGGCGCUCAGACAAGGCCCUCGCCGACUGGAAGCAGCAGCAGGAGGAGUGCCAGGCCUUGCUGGGUGCCUCUCAGAAGGAGGCCUGUGCUCUCAGCUCCGAGCUGCUCGAGCUCAGACAUGCCUAUGAGGACAGCACCAUGGGCCAGGAGACACUCAGGAGGGAGAACAAGAGCCUCCAAGAAGAGAUUUCUAUUCUGAAAAACCAGGUUAGAGAAGGGACCAAGAACUUAACUGAAAUGGAAAAGGCCAAGAAGCUGAUUGAAAAAGAGAAGACUGAUGUCCAGGUGACACUGGAAGAAGCAGAGGGAGUUCUGGAAAGGAAUGAAAGCAAGAUUCUUCAUUUCCAGCUUGAACUUUUGGAAGCUAAAGCAGAAUUCGAAAAAAAACUUUCAGAGAAAGAUGAAGAAAUAGAAAAUUUGAGGAGGAAACAGCAGUGUGCUAUUGACUCCCUGCAGUCAAAUCUGGAUUCUGAGGCUAGGAGCAGAAUGGAGGCAACCCGACUGAAAAAGAAGAUGGAAGCGGACCUCAACGAGAUGGAAUUUCAGCUUCGUGGUGCCCAACGGAAGCUGUCAGAGACAACCAACUCCCUGGGCAAGUUUCAGGGUCAAAUGAAGGACCUUCAAAGGAAGCUGGAUGACAGCACACUCAUGAACAGUGAUCUGAAGGAACAGGUGGCCGUGGCUGAACAGCGCAACUCCCUGCUGCAGUCUGAACUGGAAGAACUAAGGUUCUUGCAGGAGCAAAGUGAGCGUGGGCGCAAGCUGGCAGAAGAAGAACUCCUGGAAGCCACAGAAAGAAUCAACCUUUUCCAUACCCAGAACACAACCCUCCUCAACCAGAAGAAGAAAUUGGAGGCUGAUAUUGCCCAGCUUCAGAAAGAAGCCCAAGAGGCAAAGCAGGGACUUCAAAAUGCAGAAGAGAAGGCCACAAAAGUAGCAACUGAGGCAGCAAACAUGUCAGAAGAACUGAAGAAGGAGCAAAACGCCAAUGCACAUUUGCAGAAGAUAAGAAAGAAUAUGGAGCAGACAAUUAAAGACUUACAAGAAAGGCUCACUGAAGCAGAACAAAAUUCCCUGACAGGAAGUAGAAAGCAAAUCCAGAAAUUAGAAUCCAAGGUACGUGAACUGGAGGGUGAACUGGAGGGUGAAAUCCGUCGCAAUGCAGAGGCCCAGAGGGGAGCCCGCAGACUGGAGAGAUGCAUCAAAGAGCUGACCUAUCAGGCAGAAGAGGACAAGAAAAAUUUGAGCAGGAUGCAGACUCUGAUGGAUAAACUUCAGCUGAAAGCACAAAGUUACAAGCAGCAAAUGGAGGCAGCGGAAUCACAAGUCAAUCAGUAUCUUUCCAAGUAUAAGAAGCAGCAGCAUGAGCUGAAUGAAGCAAAGGAAAGGGCAGAGAUAGCAGAAUCUCAAGUCAAUAAACUCAAGGUUAAAGCAAAAGAGUUCGGAAAAAAGGUUCAUGAAGAAUAAGCAGUUCCUGCUUACAGAGAACAAUGGCUGCAGAAGUUCAAGGAG